UUGCAGAGAAUUUCUAUAAAGGUGCAAUUUAAAUGCGACAAAUGCAGACCCACGGCCAUGAAAAUUGCUGCCGGGACUUCAGGUGUGGUUUCAGUGGCAAUAGAAGGGGAGAAGAAAGACCAAGUGGUGGUGCUCGGAGAAGGAGUAGAUGCAGCUGCCUUGACUAGCUUGUUGAGGAAGAAAGUGUUAUGUAUUUAUGGUACUAAGGCACCGGAGGAGCUGUCAGAGGAAAAUGUGCAUAGAAGUACUCAAAGAAUGCGUUUUGCUGAGCUUGCAUCUCUGCCUGCUGUGUAA